AGGAUGAGCAUGGCCGACUCUGUUCUAGGAGUGUCAAGCAGACGAGAAUGAAUGCCCUGUCUUUGUACGAUAUCAGCUGAUAUUUCCUCAAAACACCAUAAAAUUAAAGUCUGUUGGCUUAAUUUAACAGAUUAUGAUUUGAUAAUCCCGCUGUGAGGAGCCGACGAGUCCCUGCGAGUAUUUCCGCAGAACCUUCCUGUGACAGCUGUCCAGAGCCAAGAUGGCAGGAGUUGUAGCCAAGCGUGAGGGGCCGCAGUUCAUCAGUGAGGUGGCAGUGAGGGGAAACGCCGCCGUGCUGGACUACUGCCGCACCUCUGUAUCCGCUCUUUCUGGAGCAACAGCCGGGAUCCUUGGGCUGACUGGACUGUAUGGCUUCAUUUUUUACUUCCUCGCCUCGUUUCUCCUCUCCCUGCUGCUCAUCCUGAAGGCUGGACGGCGGUGGAACAAGUGCUUUAAAUCCCGACGGCUGCUCUUCACUGGGGGCCUCGUUGGAGGUCUUUUCACUUACGUCCUGUUCUGGACUUUCCUCUAUGGAAUGGUGCAUGUGUACUAAAAUGAUCCCACACAAAUAACCCUGGAUUAAUCCUAUAUAAUACUAUGUAAACCAAUAAUACUGUCUGCCCUGCUGUUUGUAGAAAAGCCUUUAGUGAAACACUUUUGAUUUUUUUCCAUCUUGAACUGUUGAUCAAACAGAGGAUGUGUCACCUCCUAGAUUAUGCAGAGUAAACUAUCUUUGUAUAUUUCUUGCACCACACUUCUAGGUGAAUAUGGACUUCUUUAACCUGUAACUCCUGUUCUGCAAUCAUUGUUAUCAACCAGGAUAAGAGCCAUAGUUAGGAUAUUAUAGGUUUUAGUGUAACAUCAUAGAUCAAAAAGAUGACAUCCUAACAGUGUAAUUACAUUUAUUGUACAAUAAUAUGAUUAAAUUAAAACAAAUCUGAUCAAUGAUUGAAAUAAAUACCUCUGAACAA